AUGGAGCCGGGUGACGUGAUGACCGGCGUGUGCUUCGUGGGCCUCUGGGACGUGCGCGCGCUGCAGGGCUUCGUGCUGGCGCCGCUGUUCUUCUACCUGGUGCUGGGCACGGCCUUCCUGCUGACGGGCUUCGUGUCGCUGUUCCGCAUCCGCACCAUCAUGAAGCACGACGGCACCAAGACGGACAAGCUGGAGCGCUUCAUGGUGCGCAUCGGCGUGUUCAGCGUGCUGUACACGGUGCCCGCCACGGUGGUGGUGUCCUGCCUCUUCUACGAGCAGGCGCACCACGACGAGUGGAUGGUGGCGUGGCAGCGCGACCGGUGCACGGCGCGCGACGAGCCGUGGGUGGCCUACAGCAUCAACUGCCCCGCGGGCGUGGGCCGCGACACGCCCCUCGCGCGGCCUGACUUCGUGUUCUUCCUGGUCAAGUACCUCAGCACGCUGGUGGUGGGCGUGGCCUCGGGCUUCUGGGUGUGGUCCGGCAAGACGCUGCUCGUCUGGCGGAACUGCUACGCGCGCUGCCUCGGCCGCCGCACGGAGAGCUACGUGUGACAGUCCGCCCCCGCCUGGCCGCCCGUGCCGCCCCCCGCCCACGCCCUCACCCCCCAGCCGCCCUCCUCAGCCGCCGCCCAGGGCAACCCGUCCGUGGCGCGGCUGCUGCCCGAGGAGGCGGUGCCCUUCAGGCCGUCUCGCACCCCCGAGGAGACCAACUUCUAGGCCUGACGGAGGGAUGAGGGCGGGGCGGGCGGGGCCUCCGCCGCCGUGCGUCGCGUGCCCGCCGAGGCCAGUUCCACCGCACGCACACAUGCACGCACGCCUACGCACGCACUCGCACGCCCACGCACGGAGCCGCGUUGGCCCGGCGCCGCACCAGCCAGGCGGGGACACGCCCGCGUCGCCCUGGAAAGCGACACACACACACACACACACACACACACACACACACACACACACACACACACACUUAUUGUUUACCUUUGUGUUCACGUGGUUUGCCUCACCUCACCUCCCUGCACGCCGCUGCUCUUGUUGUUAUUGUUGUCCGUGCCCCGCCCACACACCUGUACCCCGCCCCGCCCACACACACCCUCCCCUGCCCCGUCUGUACCUCCUCUACCUCCUUUCUCUCUGUCAGUCUGUCUGUGUGUCUGGCGGCGUCUGUGCCCGCAGCGCCGCCACACACGCGCCUGCCGUGAACCAACAAAUUAUGGCCCAGACUAAAAACUGGCCACCAAAAUGUUUGCUUGUAAUUUGAAACUACGAAUGAGUUACGCCCGCGGCCUUGAGCGAGGGGGGAGGGGGAGGGGCAAGGGGGAUGAAGGGAGAGGAGGGGAGGAGAAGUAACGGGAAAUAAAAAUAACAAGUCCAAAAAUAUAUUACGCCCACCAAUAAUCAUUUUCAUAUUCACAAUUGGAGAGGAAAAAAUAUAUAUAAAUGUGGGUGAUUUUUUUUUUUUCACCCGCAAUAAUAAACUCACAUUCAUAACGACCAGAUACACGUUUUGGAACUGCGCUGGGAAUCAUUGGAAUUACCCCCCCCCCUCGCCCCCCUCUUCUUCCCCUCCCCCUCCUCCUAUAAACACAAGGGAAUGAGGGAGGGGAACUGAAGGAGGAGGAGGAGGAAGAAGAAGAAAAGAAGGAAGGGGAGGAUAGCUAAAGCCUUUCCUCCUCUUCCUCUUUUUCUUCGUCUUUUCCUCUUCCUAGCAGACUGAAGAAGAGAAGGGGGAAGAAGAGGAGGAAGA